GUACUUAUCACUUUCUUGAGUCGUUUCCUCCUCUCUUUGGCCUUGGACGUACAAACGGUUUACUACUACUUUUUUCCAUUCACUUUUUUCUUGUGAAAAAAGGAAAAAGCGGCCAUAUAAACAUUCACUCUUUCUCAAAAACUUUUAUCAUAUCUGCUUUUUUUCCUGUUCAAAUUAACUCAUAAUUUCGCUCUAAUUUCAAUCCAAUUAAAAGCAGAAAAAACCCAAGAAAUAUUUGUAAACCCAGCUCCAAAACUUCAAGAAUCUACAUAUUUUGUUCAGCUUGUAAGUGAAAAUGACUGACUCAAUUCCACCAGUAUUAGACCCUCUGCAACCACCGCCAAUGGCGGUGAUGGACCAACAAGCGGCCUACACAGCUCAUUCGGGUCAUGGGUCGGUCGGACCCGUUAUUGGUGUUCUUGCAAUGAUAACGGUAUUGGUUGCUUUAUCUGUGAUGAUCGGGCGGCUUUGUUCGGGUCGAAGAAUAAUGGGCCAUCAAGGUUACGAUUUUGAGAGGUGGGUUGAGAUCAAAUGCUCCUCUUGUAUUGAUGGAGGCUUUAAUCCUCACCCGCAGCCCCGCACUGUGGCGGAGCAUCGUGUUAGCAGCGCCUCCAGCGCGGCGGAGCCACUAGAUGCACCUGAAGAAGCCGGGGAAGAACAACAUAAGAAUUCACAUGAUCAUGAAAAUCAUCAACAUCAAAAAGCUGGGUCUUGAAGACAAUCAUGUCACGUGGUCAUUCGUUUGAUCACGUGAUUGGGCAGCUUUUGUUGAGAAAUUCUGGCUGCGGAAGGCGGAGCAACUGUCGAAACCACCAAACCACCGCGGUCCAGCAAUGGGAAUAGUCUUUCGAUUCAGUACAAUUCAAAUCGUAUUCUUAUUAUGAUAAAUUUGACUAAAAUUUGUAUAUAUUCCUCAUUCCAUUGU